AAUAUUAAAAAAUGUCAAUAUUUAUAACCCCAGAAUCACAUUCUUCUUCAUUAGUUUUCUUCUACUAUCAUAUUCUCAGCUAAAUAGUUUCAUCAAUCAUUUCACAUUCACAACAGAAAUUAAACCUUUGCUACUUCCUGUUCUAGUUUUCAUCUUCAAGGUUGGUUUUUAGGUGAAAAGAUUUGUUCUAUUUUGAUGGGUAUGGUUGAAACUCAAUCGAAGGAACCAUGUGGGGUUUCAAGUAGUUUAGCUGAAAAUGUCAUUGUUGAAGUUGAUGGUUCAGAGAAGGUGGAGAAUGAGGUUAAGGGAGGUCUUGGAAGUUUGGAAAGUGGAAAUGAGAAUGGUGCUGGAGAGAGAGGUUUGAGUGAUGAUGGUGUCGUAGUUGUUGAAGUUGUUAAGAGUAAUGUUUUCGAGACCGAGGUUUUGGUUUUGAAGGAAAAUGAUUCUCAGGUUGUGGCUGAUUCUGAGAUGAAUAAUGGGGUGUCUUCUGUUUUGAAAAUGGGAGAAAACGAUAGAAUCGUUGACGGGAAAAUUGAGACUAUUGAGGUUCCGAUUGUAGAGAUAAGUGAGAACAUUGAUGCUGAAGUGAAUGGGAAGAAGGAGAGUGAGGAAGGAAAGAAAGAUGAAAAUUGUGAUGAUGUUGUGACAUUUGAAGUACCAAUAGUUGAGACGAAUGAGAACAUUGAUGUUGAAAUUGAUGAUUUGUUUGAUGAAAGGUAUGGUUAUUCUGUUGGUGAUUUUGUUUGGGGUAAAAUUAAGAGUCAUCCUUGGUGGCCAGGUCGAGUUUAUGAUCCAUCCGAUGCGUCGGAUUUUGCUUUGAAGCUGAAACAGAAGAAUCGGCUCUUGGUGGCUUACUUUGGUGAUGGAACAUUUGCUUGGUGCCAUCCGUCGCAAUUGAAGCCUUUUAAGGAAAAUUUUGAUGAUAUGGCGAAACAAAGUAGUUCCAAAAGUUUUACCAAUGCUGUGCAAGAAGCUGUAGAUGAGGUUGGAAGGGUUCUGGCUAUGAAGAUGAGUAGUCCGUUUGUUGUGGCUGAGGAAACUGAGUCUGAAUUUGCUCCAUUGUUGGCGAAGAAUUCAGGAAUCAAGGAAGGUGUUUUUGUGCCUGAAAGUGGCAUAGAGAGACUUUCAGCUGUUUCAAUCAAACCGGCUGAAUUACUUUCUCAAGUGAAACAAAUUGCUGAAGUUGUUGAUAUUGCUAGUGUUCUUGAGCUGGAAAUCUUAAAGGCCCGGCUUUCGGUUUUUUAUUUCUCGAGAGGAGGGUAUAAGUUACCUUGUUAUGAGAAUCCCAAACGAGUUCUCGGACUUGAAGAUAAAGAUGAUGUAGAUAAUGCAGUGGAAGCACCGUUCCAAGGCCCGUUUGAAGAGGACUUCUCUACCCUGCCAUUGAGCCCGAAAUCGGGUGAACCGCAUCGUUCUCCAGGGCUUUCAGGAAGUAGAUCGAACCGGAGAAGAAAGCAGAAAAGCAUUGCUGACAUUAUGGGGGAGGAUAAUGAUGCUGAUGCAAAAGAUAAGGAAGAGGAUUCAAGUGAUGAUGAAGUUCUUAUUGCAAUUAGGUCAAGGGGUAAGAAGAAGAGAAAAGAUAGUGAUGACGCAAUGACACCUAAACCGGUUCGUAAGAGAAAAGAGUUGAUUAUAGACACUGAUGGAAAGUUUGAAAGAGCUGGAAAAGAAAGCCUCGAGAGGAAGAAAAACAGCGAAAAUCGCAAAUUGCGGCGUUCGAAAGAGAAAAAAGAAGAAGCUGUUGACAAUGAAAACAUCAGCGAUGAGAGGAACGAAAAGGAAAAUGAUGAGAGCAAGAAAAACAGCGAGAAUCGCAAAUUGCGGCGUUCGAAAGAGAAAAAAGUAGAAGCUGUUGACAAUGAAAACAUCAGCGAUGAGGGGAACGAAAAGGAAAAUGAUGAGGGGAAGUCGGAAGAACAAAACAAGAAGGGCUUUUUGUCGAGAGAAAGAAAGAAAAGCAAGUACUUGUCGCCUCCUUUCACUACUUCAAUUACGCUUACAAAGGGAAGAGUGAAACUAGAAGCUAGAAGUGCUGGCCCACUUUCUCCUCGACUUUCGAAAUGUAACGGCAAGGCACUUCAAGAGUUGGAGCUUUCUGACAGCUUGAAUCACCAAACACAAGAGGAUGAGAAAAAGACUAUUGAUCCAGAGAAAGUUAAGGUGCCUUCGGCUGAAAUUCUGUCCAAAAUCCGCAAUGCUGCUGUUAGUCCACAAAUUUCUAGGGAUGGCACUUCUGCCGAUAAACUGGAAGACUUUAUUUAUGUCAUGAGAAGUUCUUUGUAUCGCGAAGGUUCGUUACACAAAGUGUACAACAAAAGUCGACGUGGAAGGAAGAGAAAUAAGCCGGAAUCUGAACCUGAUCAAUCUGCUCACAUAACACCGAAUGAAGAUUCUGAACCAGCUAAGAAAAGAAAGAAGAUAGCCACAAGCAUGUCAGAAGGGAAGAAGAAGGCUCGUGAAGCCGAGACAAGUGACAAGAAAGACAUCGAUGAAAAAUCUUUGCCAGCUGUGCUUUUUGUGUCAUUUUGGCCCGGGUCCACCCUACCUUCAACAUCUGAUCUUGUGGCAGUGUAUCAGAAGUUCGGAGCUCUGAAUGAAGAAGAAACCAAUAUGUUCCGUAAUAAUUAUACUGGUCGAGUUUCUUUCCUAAGAACUCGUGAUGCUGAAAAGGCAUUGAGCGAAUCGCAAAAGAAAAACCCGUUUGAACCUUCAGAAGUAACUUUUCAGCUUCAGUAUGUUUCUUCUGAUGGAUCCAAGUCCGGAGAACAACGCACUGAAAGAUCAAAAAAGAAGUUCAAACCUUCACAAGACAAGAAGAAAGACAAGACUCCAACUCCAACUCCGACUCCGAUUCCAACCACACAUUCUCUGACAUAUGGUAACGAGGCAUCGAAACUGAACUUCAUAAAAGAAAAACUUCAAGGUCUGGUCACAAUGCUCGAUUCAUCCGACGACAAAUCACCUGAUUUCAAGACAAAGAUAGAGAGCGAGGUGAAAGGUCUUUUGGAGGACGUGAACAACAUGGUUGAAUCUUCUUCGUCGUGAAAAUCACAUUGGUGAGUGGUGAUUGUGUAGUUGCCGAGUAACAAUCAAGAUAGGUUUAUCAGAGUGAGAGUCUUUUUUACUAUGCUAUAUACAAUAUCAGGUUAUAUGUUAUUGAUCAUGAAACCAUUUGCAUGAUUCGUCUUUAUAGAGAGAUUAAUAUCUUUUAAGAUUACUCAGGCUCUUAGUUUGUAGUGAUACAUGCAUACAGCUUUUAAGGAUUUGAAAUAUGCUGGUUUAAUCAAAUCACUAUUGUGUUACUGUUA